AUGAAUGAACUGAGAGAGGCCAACUAUACUGAGGUCACAGAAUUCAUUCUGGUUGGACUUUCCAAUCAACCCAAAAGUCAAAUCAUUUUCUUCUGUAUCUUGCUCAAUCUCUAUCUGGGAACCAUUGUGGGAAACAUCCUUAUCAUUAUGGUAGUGUGGAAAGAACCUCGACUUCACACCCCAAUGUAUUUCUUCCUGUGCAAUCUGUCCUUUGUUGACCUGUGUUCCACCACCACCACGGUGCCUCUGACCCUUGUCAACUGCCUGAGAGACUGCCCCACUAUCACAUAUAAUGACUGCUAUGCCCAAAUGACCAUCUCCGUCUUCUGGAGUAUCACCGAGUGCUGGCUGUUGGCUGUCAUGGCUUAUGACCGAUUCGUCGCCAUAUCGAACCCCUUGCGUUACACGCUGAUCAUGACAAUGAGGGCUUGUUUCCAGAUUGCCGCUAUCAUGUGGAUAAGUACCUUCCUGCUGGCCCUAAUUCCUACUGUUACCAUACCGGUUCGAUUCUGUGCAGGGUACAAUGCAGUAAACCAUUUUGUAUGUGAGUUGGAAGCUGUCUUUAAGCUGGUCUGCUCAGACACCACUGUCAGUGAGAUCCUGAUGCUGAUAAACUCGAUCUUCAUCUUGCCCCUCCCCUUUCUGUUCAUUCUCCUCUCUUAUGUCCGGAUCGUGGUGGCCGUCUUGAAAAUCCCCUCCACAGCUGGGCGGUGGAAAGCUUUCUCCACCUGUGGAUCGCACCUGACUGUGGUGACCAUCUACUAUGGGACCCUCAUCUCCCUGUAUCUUAAACCUCAGAACAAAGAUAGUAAGGACCAGGAUAAAAUCAUCUCUGUAUUUUAUGGAACAGUGAUCCCCAUGAUGAACCCUCUGAUUUAUACGCUGAGAAACAAGGAUAUGAUAGGAGCCUUGAGAAAGGCAGUUGGGAAAACCAAGCAAGUAAGGCUGCAUCUUUGCCUGGAAGUGCCACUGUCCUGGGCAAUGAUGCCCUGUGCUGAUCCAGGAUCUAACUGGUCAGUAUGGUGUGAAGCUUCCUUUCAGUUAGUGUCCCCUGGGUGCACCUUUCUCGAUCUGGAAAGUUCAGAUCCAGACCUCAGUGACUCAAAAGAAGCUCUCAAACAGUAUUCUGGUGGGCUGGAGUUCCUUUCUCCAGAGUGGGUGGACAGCACAGUUGGCCUGGGCUCUGAGAGGAGCUUUGGAGGUGGCGAACUGCCAGCCUCUUUGACAUCACCAGGGACCAGGAGAAGUUCUGGUGGCAACACCUCCCCCCAAAAGACUUCAUUAAAUGUCAAUGUCAGUUGA